CUUAUUUCGGAAAUAUACGAGGAGUCGUUCGGGUACGUUACGGAAAAUACACGAACGUUAAUCACUCCGCGACAAAAGGCUAUUAACUAAAGUACCAAGACGUGUGAACGCUGAUUGGUCACCACGAGAUUCAUCACACUCCUGUCGAGACUGCUGAGCCAGGCCAUUCAGAGAACGAGCAACGAGAUGCGCAAACAUCAGAUGAGGCUGUGAUGUAGAAAAACUUCCCGAGGAUAUUUCAAAAGGUUAAAGAGAAAGAUUUCUAAUAGGGUCACAUCAGACUGUCCAAUAGGAUGAAAGAUUGCCUUCAGUUCCUCAUUGAGCCAGCCAAGAAGCUCAAGUUUCGUCUGAAGGAGACGCGGAAGAGAGUGAAACAUGUGAAGAAAGAGCCGUUUACAGAGAGUCAGCUGCUUAUAAUGGAGCUCGCGCGAGAACUCAACAGGAUCUGUCAGAGGUCAGAUAUUCUGGCUCACAUCUGGACCGGAGAGGACGUGUGGCCUCCACACGCCUGUCGAGAGUUCAUUGUAGAGACCGCCAACAUCCUGGAGGUGAACGAAAAUACUGAGACGCCCAUGCAAGUUUAUGCUGAUCUGCGUCCAGAAAAGCGGGACUGGAAGAGUCAGUUACUCAGCACGCUGGAGCAGGGAGGAGAAUAUGACUUGGGCCCAUACAAAAGGAUCAUUUUGGACUGGACCAGAGGACAGCGCAACAGACACCCCAACACUAUAUCUCCCCGUGAUGAGGCGUUGAUGAUGCUGGAUGACGUGGAGCUGCGUUGGAAGCGGGGUCACCUGUCGCACCUGCAGUCUGCUGUAGAGCUUCUCAUAGGGGUUGUGCUUGGGGAACAUAUGGACAAGGAGCUCAUUCCAAGACUGUGGCUGGUACAAAAACAAAAGACCCAGAAGAUUGAUUGCACUGGCUACAUUCCACACAUAGUGUGGAACUGGAUAUGUAAUGCUGCAGUGGAGGUGACUCUCGACCCAGAGACGGCCAACCCUGCUCUGGUUCUGUCUGAGAACUGCAAGCGCAUGCAGUGCGGUCUGGAGCAGCGUGAGGUUCCUCACAGCCUGCGGCGCUUCGACAGCUGGUGGUGCUGUCUCGGCUCUGAAGGCUUCUUGUCAGGACGCUGGUACUGGGAGAUAGAAGUGGGCGACCGUGAUUGGCGUCUCGGGGUGGCCAAAGAAUCAGCUCCCUGCAAAGGCUACAGACCGCUGAACACCCAGAGUGGAUACUUGACCCUCAGGCUGGAGAGGGGCUCCGAGCUCAAGGCCCUGACCACACCGCCCACACCCCUGCCCCAGUCAUUCAUCCCGCGGAGGGUGGGGGUCUAUCUGGACUAUGAGGAGGGGCAGUUGUCCUUCUAUGACACCCAGAAGCGUGCACACAUCUACACAUACAACGAGAGGUUCACAGAGAAGCUUUACCCGGUGUUUGGGACGGUGGAGAGGGUCCGUGAGAUGGUGAUCAGGCCUGCAGACCUAAGGGAGCGAUGUCUCUGUAAGGGACAAUGUCUGUUCUGCUAAUAAUGAAUGCACAAUCCUUACACACACAGAUGUGAAAAAAUUACACGCACCAUAAAAUAACAUAAUUGAUCAAUGCUUACAAAAAAUAAAGCAUAGAGAGAAUAAUUUUUUUUUUUUUAAGAGUAGCUAAAGCUGUGAAAUCUGCACCAUUAGCAUCACAAAGGAAAUGUUAAAAUACUGUUGUUAAACAAUUUGACUGAACAAACAUACACAGACAUUCCUGCCCAAGACACAGAGUCACAGAGAGAGCUGCAGUGAUGACUUAUUUCUGUAGGCCAGUCUGGAAGUUUGGAACCCAAUAUGAUUUUUUUCACUGGCUUUUGUACUGAUGGUUACUCAAAGCUUUUUGAUUAUUACAGAAAAUAAGAUCUGUGGCCAAAAAGUUCAUAUUCACAAAUGAACACACAUUUUCAAGCCUAAAUACAAUCACCAGAAUUAAAAAGCUAAAUGUAGCCUAUAAACUAACUACACCAUGGUUGCAUGACUUCAACGUAACCAAUGUCCUUCUUUCAGUAUUUAUUUAAAAUAAUUUUUCCCUGAAAGUUUGAGAAUAGUUUGUAAGACCAUGAUUAUAAAACCCAGUGAGAAGAUGAGUUUACCUGACAUUUAACCUCUAUAGUCCCAUUUAGACACUUGUUAGCAACCGCCUUUUUCAAGACAAGUCAAAUAUUUUAAAAAUCAUGUGAAGUAUUACUGAUGUAUUUUAUGUUGUGCAAUUAAACACGAAAAUAUCUUGAGCUUGUGUUAACCACAGACCUUAUUUCAGGAAUUUAACCAAAAACCUUUUCAGAAGACCCACUGGCCUCAGGACUGAAAGAAAUAUAAUGCUGAAAAUAAUUUCCCGGGGUUUUGGCCUACAAAAAUACAUCAUCCCUGCAGCGCACUACUGGUUGUACUAUUUGGUGUGUUCAACUUCAUGCAGCACUGCAUAGACUUGAUUUGAUGCAUAUUGCCGCUAAUGCACACUAAACUGUUUUUUAUAACCAUUCAAAAUAUCUUAAGUAUUAUAUUUUGAUGUUUUUAUCAGUAGAACUGAUAAUUAAAAAAAAAUAUAUAUAUAGACCCCAUUUUAUUUUUCCUAAAUAUUACAGAAUGUACUAAAAUACUAAAGUAAUUAAAUCUAAAACAUUUUUAAAAAACAAAAAAUUCUAAACCUUCAAAAUCCAAAGAAAACAUAAAAAUAAACUCUAAUUCAGAAUAUUAAAAAAAAUCUAUAAUAGUAUAUCAGUGGUACUAAAAUAUUACUGAGUCGAAGUGGAACACACCUAUUGUUGCUGUGUGAAACUGGUCAGCAUGCAAUGUUUUCACUUUUUCAGGAAAUCAGCCUACAAAUACUUAAAUACUUGUCUAUGCAUAUUAAUCUGGGAUAUAAUUGGUUUUAACAAAGUUCAUUCUUAUGGAACUACUAAAACAUUCUUUAAAUUCAACUUGUAAAAUCUACUCACUCAAAUUUCAUAGAACGUUCAACAUUCAAAAUGUAACUGACAGCGAUUAUGUCAUUGUAAUAUUUCUAUACUGAAUUGUGAUUGUUUGUUUCUUACAUCCAUUUACCCAUAUGCUCAUUUACAUUGUUUUUAAGUGCAUGGCCUAAAAUAAGAUUAUAAUUAGCCAAAUCUAAACUGAAAUAUUCUUUUGCUAAUCUGAAUACACUAUUUCCUCCAAAUCUAGUUUUAGCAAGUGUUCAAUAUAAUCACAUUCAACUCCAUGAUUUUCUGUUUGUCAGUAACAUAAGAGAGCAUAUAGAGGGCAGUGUCAGUACAUACUCCUCCAAUCAAUGUUAAGCAUCUCAAUAGGUUCACAGUGUGCUAAAAACAUUGUU